AUGGACAGAUCAUGGAUGUACCUUGCACCAAGAUCAAGUCAAACUUUUGUUAAUGGGGUGCAAACGUUCUUAAAUUUUGCAUUUGAGAGAGCAUGUGUCAAUGGGGGGUUGAUAAAGUGUCCAUGUACAAAUUGCCUAAAUAUGAAAUAUAAGAGUAGACAAACUGUUCUAGGUCACCUUAUAUGUUCAGGCUUCCGACCUGAAUACUUGAAAUGGGUAUAUCAUGGGGAAGGCACAACGGUUGCAUCAACGAGCACAACCCAUAAUGAGGAAGAACAUAUAUUACACCACGAAAUGCAUGAAAUGUUGGAUGAUAUAUUCGUAACAGAAGGUGGAAAUGGAGUCGGGAUGCAUGAGACUGCGUCAAGUAAUAGUGAGGAGACGAAUACCAGAAGAAGUACAUUUGAUGACCUUGUGAACGAAGCUGAAGAAAAGGUGUACCCGAAUUGCAAAUACAACAAGUUAUCUUGUGUGGUGCAUUUGUACCAUUUAAAAUGUCUCAAUGGAUGGAGUAACAAAUCUUUUAAUAUGUUGUUAGAGUUUCUAGAGGAUUUAUUACCGGAAGGAAAUUUGUUACCUAAAACAACACAUCAAGUGAAGAAAAUCAUGGCCAACUUGGGAUUAAGAUAUGAAAAAAUCCAUUCAUGUCCUAAUGGUUGCAUGUUGUUCUGGGAUGAUAAAGAGAAAGAUGAAGUUUGUUCUUUUUGUGGAUCUUCUAGAUGGAAAGUUUAUGAAGUUAGUCCAGAAGAUGAAGAGAGUCCUCCCAAGAAGAAGGCUUCAAAAAUAUUACGGUGGUUUCCUUUAAAGCCUAGACUUCAAAGACUGUUUAUGUCAUCAAAGACAUCUAAUCUUAUGAAGUGGCAUCAUACAGACCGUGUGAGAGAUGGAAAAUUGCGACAUCCAGCAGAUGCCCUAGUUUGGGAAGAUUUUGAUGAAAAGUUUCCUGAAUUUGCUAGUGAUCCCCGUAAUGUUCGUCUAGCUCUUUCAAGUGAUGGCUUCAACCCAUUUAGGAUGAAUGUGCCACAUAGUAUUUGGCCAGUUUUUCUGAUUCCUUACAAUCUGCCACCAUGGUUAGUUAUGAAGCAACCAAAUUUUAUUCUUUCUUUAAUCAUCCCAGGUCCUAAAGGUCCAGGAAACAAGAUAGAUGUGUAUAUGCAACCUUUGAUAAAAGAAUUGAAGGAGUUAUGGGAGGAUGGAGUUUCUACAUUUGAUGCCUCAACGAAACAAUACUUCCAGUUGAAGGCAUCUAUUAUUUCUACCAUAUCCGACUUUCCAGGCUAUGCCAAUCUGUCCGGGUGGAGCACUAAGGGAGCACUUGCAUGUCCUGUAUGUGGUUUUGAUACUGAUUCCAAUUGGCUUAGUCACGGCAGAAAGUGGUGUUACAUGUGUCAUCGAAGGUGGCUUCCAUCUGACCAUCGUUGGCGUUCAGACACAAGAUCCUUUGUUGGACACCAUAAAUUCAGAGCUGCUCCUGUUUCUUCUUCUGGAGAGGAGAUUCUACAACAACUAGACAACACAGAAUUUCUUGUCGACAAUGAUGUUCAUGGUCCAUGGAAGAAGAAAAUGGGGACUAUAUUGGGACAAGAAGGAAAGUCAAAAGAUAACUAUAAAACAAGACUUGACUUACAACAAAUGGGUAUAAGAAAGGAACUGCAUCCAAAGAAGCGGCCUAGAAGUAAUAUCACUUUCAUGCCAAAAGCUUGCUAUCAAAUGACUCGGGGUGAAAAGACUCAAUUUUUAAAAAUCCUCAAGUCAAUCAAACCUCCCGAUGAAUUUUCAUCUAAUAUCUCUCGAUGUGUACAGUUAAAUGAGCGCAAAUUAAUUGGGAUGAAAAGUUAUGAUUGUCACUUGUUGUUGAUGCAAGAAUUUUUGCCGAUUGCAUUACGUGGAACUUUACCAGACCAUGUAAGCUCGGUUAUAAUUGAACUAUGCAAUUUUUUUAAGAUCAUUUGCUACAAGGAUUUAUCUGAAGUUGAUCUGCAUUUUAUUGAGUCUAAAGUUGCUCUCACUUUAUGCAAAUUAGAAAAGAUAUUUCCUCCGUCAUUCUUUACUGUAAUGGUGCACUUGGUGAUCCAUUUAACGAGAAAGGUUAGGCUUGGAGAUAUUAUGGGUAUGCGCAAGGGGCUACAUAUCAUUUCUACGGACCUCAGUGAAACUGUUGAAGACCAUGGUGAAGACAAUGUUGAAGACAAUGGUGACGACCAUGGUGACGACAAUGUUGAAGACCAUGGUGAUGGCGAUGACACUAUUGAAAACCAUGGUGAAGACAAGGUUGAAGACCAUGGCUGCCAAUCAAAUUCUCAUGAUGGUAAUGAGUAUUUACGAUUAAGACAACUGACAAUUGAGAAGAACAAUAAAAAACUAAGAGAACUAGGAAUUAAAAACAUUAUAAAGUCUUCAGCUAGUUUGGAAGAAAGUCAAAAAACAAAGAAAAAAACCAUGAAGAAGCAACACCGUCCACAAUAUAUUCCACCAAUGUCUUCGAAUAGAGUUGCUAAUCUAAGGAAGCUACGUCGAGUCGUUGCUCCAAAUGUCUCUCAAAAGCUUUCCUCAACUUCAAAUACAACAAAACCGAAUAAACAACCAACAGUUACCAUGAGUGAAAUAAUCAAAGGUGAUAAAGGAGGAGCAAAGAAAAAGUUGGUUCUUGUUGAUGAGGAUGAUGAGAUAUUUCAAGGUAUCAUUUUGUUGUUCAUAAAGUUAUUUUAA